AUGAAUGCACCUCCAGCCCCAGAAAGCAGACCUUAUUCCACAAACCCAAGGCCUUUUUUUUAUGCUCGGCCUACAGCACAUCAGCCAUUUCCUAAUCCAUGGCUUGUUGGACCUAUGUACAAUCCCUAUGGCAUGCCUGCAUCCGGUUUAAGAAGUGGCAAUCCAUAUUUCCAAUGUUACUCAGUUCCUAUCCAUGAGUAUCCUGGAUAUUUAGUUCCACAGCCUCCUAUCCAUAUGAGAAUUAGACGACCUUAUUUUGGUGGGCCUCCAUCAUCACCCAUGGUGUAUCAAGUCCCACGGUUCAGGCAUGGUUUUCCCAUGAUGUAUCAACCACAAAACCCAGUGAAACGAACAGAAAACAAAGAAACUCAAACUGAUUUUGGAGAAUCUGAAAGUGGAGCAAAAACACCUGUGAAACAAGAUACAGGAACAAAAGGCUGUGAUGCUGGAAAUACUGGAAAUACUGCAUAUAUCACAUCUGAUACUCCUAAAGAAACUGAAAAUUUGUUAGGAAAAACAGAUAAAACAACAUCUUCUGCUAUGUCAGACAGGGAACUUGCCAAGAACUCUGCAGGUCUUGUACCAUUUCGAAGUCUUCCCCCCGCAGGCUAUGCCAUUGAGAAAGAGGAAGUUAGAAUACAAUAUGCAAAUGAUGGAGCUCCUGCUAUUCAGCUCUGGAAGUCUUUCAAAGAAACAAUCCCUCUCUAUGAGAUGGCACAAAAACAAGUCCCUAAGAAUAUUGUGCAAAGAGAUAUGCUUGCUCGUAGCUCCUGUGAAGGAGUUGCAUAUGGGCCUCAUGAACAAGAAUUGCUUCCAUGUAUUCCAUUUUCAGAGGAGCAAAAGGUUCCUGAGGACAUGCAGAAGAAACAGCCUCUACGUAAAGAAAAUCAAAAUUCAGAAAAACAAGGAGUUAUAAACUACAGAGCUAUAGGUCCAAGGGAUGAAGCUGGAACAGUGCAACUGGCUGAACCAACUGGGCUUGACCACUCAGGGACAAGGCAAGAUGUACUGAUGGCCAAAAUACCACCUGGCUUUAAAAAAUCAAGUGGUUCAAUAGCUCCACAAGAAGUUUCAAAUCUUAUUCGACAACGAAAAUUAUUUCCCUCUGGCAUAGAGAUGACAAAUGAUGCAUAUUUGCCUCAGAAGUUGAGUGAAUGUAAUGACAUGAACAAUGAAGACUGGAAUACUUCUGAAAAAAUCCAAUGGUGUGAUGACUCUGAAAAAUAUCUUCCUUCUGAGAGCUGGUUGGCUUGUGUGGAUAACAUGGAUCCAAACUAUAAUUACGAAAAAUAUCUUUUCCGAAGAAAGCGUCCAAAUUUGCUCAGUAUUACCUCUGAUGAUAUGUCUUCUAUUGAAGAAGGUCUAUCAACUGAGAAUUCUUCAUUGUCUAUCAUAGUUCCAGACCAUUUACUUCCGAAAGGUUUAUGUACCUUCAAGAAAAAUGGUGAUGGCUUGGGAAUAGGCCAAAUAAGAAGUGGAGGCACCCUCAAUGAAGAUGAGGAAGUGAUGGGGAUUGAACAGGCCACUAGUGAACAUAGUCAGAAUCUCAAGAGCAAUUCAAGAGUCAAGGUUAAAGAGAUUCCUAGCCAAAUCAAAAAGAUGAGCGUUCUUCCAAGAUGUUCCAGUGACAAGCAUCUCUACUGUCUCCAAAAAAUAACAAGUUCAUCUCCAUCAGAUGCUGAUGACUCUGAAGAAUAUUGGGUGAUGGAACCAGAAGAAUAUGAAGAGCAAGAAACUGAUGAGGAAUACUUUGUUGAGGAAGAUAUGCCAUAUGAAAUCCUGAAUCCAGACAAAAGUGGAUUGGGCCAGCAGACUGCCCAGAAAGUAUUUUGGAGAAUCCCUAAAAAUGCAGUGCCACCACAUGUAAUUAACUGGCCUGUGCAAGAAAAAAUGCCUGGGUUACCUACUAAACUGCAGAAGGAGCAAAAUGAAGAUCUCUGCGAUGAUUAUAACAUCUGCUUGAUGAGACCUACAGCCCAACAGCUAAAAUUAUUUGAACACAGAAGAAAUCCACAAAUAUGCUCAGGAUGGUUACAAGAGGAAAAUAGAAGGACUGGACCUGAUGAAUACUGGAUAAAAAGUGGUGCUAGACCCAGAUCUGCUAGCCUAAAGCCUGGUGAUCUCUCACCUACUGCUACAAAAGAGAAAGAUAUCCUGGGAGUAUUCCCUUUUGCAUCUGACGAUAUGUAUAUGGAAUGUCCAAAGAAAAAAGGAGUGCAUAAACCUCCUCAUAAACGCAGAGACACAAGGUGUGAAACAGCUGAAGUACGGGAGAAACCUAAAAUUACGUAUCACAAGGGAUGUGAAGCAAAGAAACCACCCUAUAAAAGAUAAAAGAAGACAAUGAUGGUCAGAAAUGCAAAUAUUUGCUUGUAUUGUUUAAAGGAAUCGUAAUAUUUUUUGGAAGCAAAUCAGUUUAAGGUGCAUUGUAAAGGAUUCCUGAGUUCACACUGUAAAAUGUCCAAAAAAUGAAUUUAGACACACAAAUUUCACACAAUGUUAAGUAACACAGUAUUUAAAUAAAGUUGAAAUUGCACUAA